GUGAGUGUACAACAUUGGGGACACCAAAACUUGCUAUCGUCGGCGUUUCAUUUACUGGUCCACGGUCACUAGUCGACUGACGGCAACUUGCAGACAGGAUGAGUUUGAAUAACCACAUGGAGCAACAAUCUCGAUCGCAACAUAUAUCGACAUCGGCGGCGGGACACCACCACCACCAGCAGCAGCCGCCAACGCUGCUCAUUAGAACCGAGAAGCCGUACCCGCGGACACCGAAGUGUGCACGUUGUCGCAACCACGGCGUGGUGUCAGCACUGAAGGGACACAAACGCUAUUGUCGAUGGCGGGACUGUGUCUGCGCCAAAUGCACCCUGAUCGCAGAGAGACAGCGUGUCAUGGCCGCACAAGUUGCACUCAGGCGUCAGCAGGCGCAGGAAGAAAACGAAGCUCGAGAGCUGGGCUUCUUAUAUGGUAACGCCGAAAGUGCAAUAUUUGCAAUGAACGCUUCAUCAGCUGCGGCGACAUCAAAAACAUAUGGAUCAUAUCGGGCGACACCACCCAACGAUACUGACCCAAUGAGCCCAGAGAUGAAAAGACAGAAGGUGGAUCUCAACUUCCCCGGAGUAAAUAGCGCAACCACGUCAUCAUCAAUAACCGCGGACCGAAGAUCAGCAUCACCUGCAUCGACGGCCAGCGACAGCGGGGUCAUAUCACCCGGGAUUAUCCCGUCUUCGUCGGCAGACGCAAGAACCGCAUCAGCGUCUCCAGAUAUGACACCAGUGACACCGAAGGAAGAACCCCACAGUCCAACAAGUGAAGACGACGUCAAGUCAGACCACUACUCAGCGAGGGACGAAAAUUCUCCGAGAUCCUCGCCAUCGCUCCCACCACCCCCGCCUCGAUCUUCAAAACAUCACGAAUCCAGUAUCUUUAACUCAACAGACAGCUCCCGAGCGCAUCGUUCCCCUAUCGAGAUUCUAGCUUCAGUGUUUCCUAGUCAGAAAAGAAGUGUGCUACAGCUUAUACUACAAGGGUGUAACGGGGACGUGGUACAGGCAAUCGAACAGGUGUUGAACAACCACAAUUCGGCACAACAUUUCAGUACAAUUGCGACUACAACCUCAAACGGAACAGUGCUAACACAUCGGCCGUAUUUAUCGUCAUCACCUUUGAGUUCACCUGGUCUUAAGUCGGCCUUCUCUCCCAUACCCACAUCAGAUAGGGGUGUUCACACUACAGUCGGGAUGGGUCUGAACCCAGCAGUUCGUUUCGCGUAUGCGCCACACCCACGAGGCUUUGCAUUUGUCAGUCCUUAUCCACCAGCAAUGAUGCCCGCUGCCAUGGCAUCGAGACAAGUCACGGACUAUAGUUUUAGCGGUCUGAUGAGGGGGAUGUCACAUGGUCACAAAGAACCACACAGAGCACCCAACGGCAGCUCAGGUGUCUUCCCAAUGUAUUCAUCCGCAUGUAGAUGUAAAUCGUGUUUAUCAAAUGACAAAUCACAACCGUGUAUACAUGAUCAGUGA